AUGGGAACGUACUUUCGCGACCACCUUUACGAAGAAUUUCUACAUGCCGCGUGCGAAGAAACCUUUGCAUACGCGGAUGACAACCAGCGCGAUAAUCUAACUGCUGUCGCGUUUUUAAGUGGACUUUAUCCGUUGUGCACGGAGCUUGUGCCAAUCACCAAGGAGACUCAGUCACUGUUCGAGCAGGGGCAAGAUCCUACCGCUAGCUGUCCUGUAUGCUCGAGAGCUGGUAUUACCGGCAGUAACGACACACAGUUUGUUCUGCAAGAAGUCCGUGAGGAAGUGGCAGAAGUCAACGAACUCCUCCAGUGCUGUGCUGAGCCUGUAUGCAACAUCGACGAGGAGCCUGGAACCAGUAACUUGACUGAGGACUCCACAACGUGCGACCUGUUUGGAAUCCCCACGCAAUGGAAUGGCGCAUUUUACCUCCCGUGGAAGGACACGCUCUCCAACGCCAAUUAUUUCUCAGAGUGGCUUCUGUUGCAGAGUCUCAACAAUAUGAGUCUGCCUUCGCAGUUAUCGUUCAAGAAAAUCUUGUCACUGGCCAGGAUCCACGAGGUUGUCGCCUUACCGCUUGUUACUGGUAUUAUAUAUUCGGCACUAAUACGCCACUGA